AUGUUUUCAGCAUUGGUGUGCACGUCGAACAUUCCCAUCCCUGUACAGGCACAGCACAUGGUAACACGCAACAUCACAGCCAACAUCCGUGCCGCCCACCUGCCCCAAGCACCCGACGCCAUCGUGCUGCCCAUGGUCCGCCUCGCCCUCUCCUGCACCGCUUCCCACCCCCUCUCCCGCCCCACUGUCACCGACCUGCUCCGCUCCAUCAAGGCUCUCAAGCGCUCCCUCUUCGCCCACCCUCACCCAGCCCUGCCCGGCAACGGAGGGACGAGCAGGGAUGGUGAGAUCCCUGGUGCUGCCCGUGGUGGGGGGACUGGAGAGCAGCAGGGUGGGGAAGAUGGGGAUGGGCAAGGUUUCAGUCAGAAUGCGCUAGAUGCAAAGUUAGACUGGCUUCUGGAGGAAGAGGAUAGUGGUAGGUUUGUGACAGAUGUGUAG